AUGUCGUCCUCCAACCUCAACCGUGUCUCUCUUCAGCCCAAGCAGGAGGUGAGAUUUGUGAGCUACAUACCACCACCACCACCUUGGAUCCUCGAGCUGAUCAAACGGACGCUUCGUUCCUCUCAAGAUUCUUCUCAAACAAAACCACAAAACCGAGCCACCAAUGCGCUCCGGUCGGCGGCCGUCGAAGCCCAAAACGAUUCCUUGGGCUUGUCUAGUGAGGAAAGGUUGUCGGAAAUGGAGGACGAGUUGAAUCGGAUCGUCGAUAGGGAUGUCGAGACUCUGGUCGAGGGCAUGGAGGAAAUCAUCGAUCUUUCAUCAGUCGGAUCGGUUGAUAAGUUGCGAGCCUUGCAAGACAGUUUAGCGAUCGAAUUGAGGACAGAGACGCUUGUUCGAUCGUGCACUUCACUGAUGGCCCUGAGUCAUUCGAUGAAGAUGCUAUGGCUGUUAGGAGACGAGGCCAAUGGGAGGAGGAUACAGGACGCCCGAAUAAGAUCAUUGAAUGCAGAAAUCGUCAAACUUAAAUCACGUGCAGCCCAGUUAAUCGAAGAACUCAAAGUCAGCCCAUCGGCUGAGUCCUCCUCGGAUCAUCAAAUGAACCUGGACCCCUCGCCGCCCUCUUCCUCCUCCGACGCUCAACACCCCAAUUGA